CCCCAUCUUCUGUUGGAUGAUGACGGGCUGUCUUCGUCAGUUUGCCGCCACGGGGCCGAAGAGCAUAGAGCAGAGUGUAAUAACUGAAUUCGGCGACGGCUGUCCAUUUUGAUCCACCGCAUCUCGGCCGGCGUGCCUAUAAGUAGUGCUGCUACCAACUGAGUAGCUAGGUGUAUAUACACUCUGGCUCGUGACUCAGACCUUGCUCCGUCCGUAGUACUUCUCCAAGAGCUCCUCUGGCCAGCCAUCUUCUCCGGCCUCUGGUCUCAAUGGCGGACCAGAGCCCCGCCCCUAUCCGUUGCAAAGCGGCGGUGAGCAGAGCCAAGGGCGCGCCGCUCGUCAUCGAGGACAUCGUCGUGGAUCCGCCCAAGGCCUACGAGAUCCGCAUGAAGGUCAUCUGCACCUCCCUCUGCCACACUGACAUCACCUUCUGGCGCGGCAAGGAAGACUUCCCGCUCCCACCCGUGUUCCCAAGGAUCCUAGGCCACGAGGCGUACGGGGUGGUGGAGAGCGUGGGGGAGCGCGUGGAGGGGUUCGCGGUGGGGGACACGGUGGUGCCGACGUUCCUGGGGCAGUGCGACUCCUGCGCCGGCUGCGCGUCGGCGGGGAGCAACAUGUGCUCCGCGCUGCCGUUCGUCGUCGGCCCCGGGAUGCGCCGCGACGGCACCACCCGCUUCAGGGACAGCCAGGGGGAGCCGCUGCACGACUUCCUCGCCGUGUCCAGCUUCAGCCAGUACACCGUCGUCGACGUCAACCAGGUCGUCAAGGUCGACCCCGCCGUGCCGCCCAAGCUCGCCUGCCUCCUCGGCUGCGGCGCCGGCACCGGGGUCGGGGCUGCGUGGAGGUUGGCCAAGGUGCAGCCUGGAUCCUCGGUGGUCAUCUUCGGGCUGGGAGCGGUGGGAUUGUCGGUGGCGCAAGGUGCAAAGAUGUGCGGAGCAGCCAAGAUCAUCGGUGUUGAUCUGAACCCUGACAAAGAAGAACUCGGCAAAAAAUUCGGCGUGACAGAUUUCGUGAACCCAUCAAAACUCGGCGAGAGCCCACUCAGCCAGGUGAUCAUCGAGAUGACGGGCGGCGGCGCCGACUACUGCUUCGAGUGCAUCGGUGUCGCGUCCGUCAUGACCGAGGCGUUCAGAAGCGCUAAGCAGGGGAAUGGCAAGACGGUGAUCCUGGGGCUGGAGAAGGACGGGAAGCCGAUCAGCCUGCCGUCCAUCGAGUUCCUCUUCGGCAAGUGCGUCAUGGGGUCGCUCUUCGGGGGCAUCAAGCCCAAGACCGACAUUCCGAUCCUCGCCAAGAAAUGCAUGAGCAAGGAGCUGGAGCUGGAGAAGCUGAUCACGCACGAGGUGGGCCUGCAGGAGAUAAACACGGCCUUCGACCUGCUCCUGCAGGGGAAGAGCCUCAGGUGCAUCAUCUGGAUGGACAAGCUAGCGGCGUGAAAAACCAUGGGCGAAAUGUUGGUCCAGGGCUGGCUGAUGCGGCGAGCGAAUAAAACUGUUGCUUGUUUCCCUAAUAAAAUUGUUGCUUGUGUUUAUUCACUGGUGUUGCUAGAACAUGGAAGCUACGUGGCUAUCGUGACCGGACGCUUUGCCAUCCUGUUCUUUUUAA